CAUUCGCGUGGGCUCGCUCCAUAGCCGAUAGUCCUGUGUAUGGGCGCUUUCAGCUCUGAGCGCUCAGUUCGCCUACUCCGAUAACGAUUUAAAUAUUGCAAUAUCUUACUCCUUUCCGUAUGGUUUUUCAUUGCCUUCUAUCACAUAAUGCAUUUUAGGGUCACGCUGCAUAAAAAUGCAAUUUAUGAAUGGAUGGGAUUGUCAGUUUGUAUUAGGAGCCACAACAUCUAGCGGGUAGCCAUGAAUUUAACGUUUCAUCAUAGCGUUCCUUUUUUCCAUCCUAUCCUUAGCGCAUAUUGAAGAGCAGGUGCAGAGGCAGCCUUGUGAGACUGCUGCGCAGAGACCACUGGCUAUCGGUCGCUGAGGACUAACAAACAUAGAAAAAGCCAGCCGUGCCGACAUGGCAGGUUCUGUGACGGUGAGGCAACAGCUGGUGUGUCUCCUGCUGCAGGCCUCGGCCCUUCUACAUUCCUCCUCCGGCGAGCGCUCAUGUCCAAUCAGCUGCCGCUGCGAGGGCAAAAUCAUCCACUGCGACUCGCUGGCCUUCCUGGAAGUCCCCGAGAACAUCUCAGUCGGCUGCCAGGGCCUGUCAUUGCGCUCCAACCAGCUGCACACCCUGCUGCCCUACCAGUUUGCCCAUCUGAACCAGCUGCUGUGGCUCUACCUUGACCACAACCAGAUAGCCCAGGUCGACAGCCGGGCCUUCCAGGGAGUGCGGCGGAUCAAGGAGAUUAUCCUCAGCACCAAUCAGAUCUCCCAGCUCCACAACGCCACUUUCCACGGCGUGCCGAACCUGCGCAGCCUCGACCUGUCCUACAACAAGCUGGAGGCGCUACAGCCCGGCCAGCUCCACGGCCUGCGCAAGCUGCAGAACCUGCACCUGCGCUCCAACCUGCUCCGGGACCUUCCGCUGCGGGUCUUCCUGGAGUGCCGCAGCCUGGAGUUUCUGGACCUCGGCUACAACCGGCUGCGCGUGCUGACACGCACCAUGUUCCUGGGCCUGUCGCGGCUCAUGGAGCUGCACCUGGAGCACAACCAGUUUUCCCGCAUCAACUUUUUCCUCUUCCCACGGCUCACCAAUCUCCGCUCGCUCUACCUGCAGUGGAACCGCAUCCGCGGGGUCAACCAGGGCCUGCCCUGGGCUUGGCACACCCUACAGAAGCUGGAUCUCUCUGGCAACGAGAUCCAGGCCCUCGACCCGGUAGUGUUCCAGUGCCUGCCCAACCUGCAGGUCCUUAACCUGGAGUCCAACAAGCUGGCUAAUGUGUCCCAGGAGACGGUGGUCGCUUGGGACUCGCUGACUGCCAUCAGCCUGGCAGGAAACAUGUGGGACUGCGCCCCCGGCAUCUGCCCUCUGGUGAACUGGCUGCGGAACUUCCGGGGCACUAAGGACACGAGUAUCAUCUGCAGCACGCCGAAGCACCUCCAGAGCGAGAAAGUUCUGGAAGCCACACGGAACCUCGCCGACUGUGAGGACACAGAGCUCUACGAGAGCACCACCUUCCCCCCAGCCAUUGAGCCCGACACCCCCGAGCCCACCCCCGAGCCAACCACCCCAUACACCAGCCCCCUUGCCCCGCUUCGACCCCCUGCCACCCCCACUCCCAAACCUCCUGUGGCGCCACACCCUUUACCCCAGCCGAACCCCCCCAGCCACAGCGGGUCUGACCGACGAGCCCCCCCGCCCCCUCAGACCACCCCUCCUUCUGAGAGCCUCCCGCUGACUCUGCCCCCAGAUUCCAAGCACAUCUCCUUCCACAAGGUGGUGGUGGGGAGCGUGGCGCUGUUCUUCUCCGUGUCUUUGAUCUCCACCGUGGUGUAUGUGUUCUGGAAGCGUCUGCCGGGGCUGGCGCGCCUGUUCCAGCAGCAGGCCGCCGUGGUCCGCAAGCGGCGGAAAAAAAGUCCAGAGCCAGAGCAGAACCUGAGCUCCCAGCUCCAGGAGUACUACAUGAGCUACAACCCGGCGGCCACGCCCGACGGCAUGGACGUGCUGGCCAAUGGCACGGGGGCCUGCACGUGCACCAUCUCGGGUUCGAGGGAAUGCGAGGUAUGACUCCACCCCCCUCCUCAAACUCAACCUAGGCAACCAAAACAAACAUUCAGAUGAGUCGAGCAGUGGAGCGAGAGGUAAAUCCUGCAUCAGGCAUGUCUCUGGACGCCUCUGGAGUGGGGACAAGCACCCUUGGCUCUGUGGGCUGAGCGUAGCCACUCUCACUGUGGUUCACUGUGGGAAAACACAGGGAGAAAAAGACACUGAGGGGUGUCAAUUUGAGUUA